CGCUUCGGCUUUCGCUUGCCUCAUUCCACCGCGAACCUUCAACCAAACCAGUACAAAAAGUUCUCCGCAGCUCGCUCGUGUUUGUGUGCGUGCGUUUGCCCUCCUUCUACAGCAAGCCAAGAAGAAAAUUAGUGAAUUUUACUGCUGAACUCGCGCGAGUGAGCAAGGGUGAAAAAGUUUUAUUUUUCGUGACGCUCUCAAGGCAAAAAGCAACACACAGCCAUGUCUGAGGAUGAGUCCAAGAUCACUUCCGAGGAGGAGGAGCAGGAGGACGAGCCCGAGGUGAAGACCCCCAAGGGAAAGCGCGGCCGACCGGCGAAGGGAGCCGCCAAGACGCCCACCCCCAAGAAGGCCGGCAAGAAGGAGGUUGAUGAGGAACAGUCGGAGCAGCUUCAGCAGCACGCGGUGGAGGAGGAGGUCGGAUUGCCCACACCGGAGGUUCAGAUCGUCGUCAGCGACGAGGAUUGCUUCGAGCAGCAACAGGGCCAACCUGAGCCACAACAGUUUGAGUUCAAGGCACCGUUACCAGUGGAGUGCUUCCAGCAGCAAUCGAUUCCACUGGAGGCAGGCUUCCCAGUGGCACAACCUCCUGACCCGUUCCAGCUUCCUCAGGCACCGCAACCCGUCGAAGACGGCGAGUUCCAGCCUUCGCAGAACUUCCAAUUUGCGGCGUCCGAUUUCGAUUUCCUCCUGUCGAAAGGCAACAACUCUCCCAACUCUGGCCAGGCGGACGAAGUCCCGCGAGAUUCACUGCUGCUACGGUUCGACCCGCUGCUGAAGGCUCCGGUCGUGGCUCGACUGAGCACCACCAAGGAAGAGGAACCCCAGGAAGAACUCGGCGGCUUCGGCGGAGGUCUCGUAGAACUCUGUCAGCCGCUCGUCCAAACUGCUCCCGCCGUCGAGGAAGAACACAACCAGCAGCCACAACAGCAACCGCAGCAACUCGUCUACGACGACCACAACGAGCAGCAGGACGUGGGCGAAGGCGUACUGUUGACGGCGCUCGAGGCCAGCGGGUUUAUUGCCGUCUCGCCAACGCCUUCCAAUCGCAGCUCGACGGGCUCGACUGCGAACAUCGUCGACGCCAUGGACGAGGGCGGAGAGGAGUACAAAGCUCAGCAGCAGCAGCCGCACUGCGCAGAUGAAGAAGCAGAAGACGAAAAAAUGAGCGUUGACAAUACGAUGAUACUGGACUACGGCGGUGGUGGAGAUGGUGGUGACGGUGACAGCGGUGCCAACAAUAUUACGACAGAUCGAAACAUGAGCUUCGCCGAGACGGACCAGGAUUUCAAUGGCGGCGGCGGCAUCGGUCCCGAGCUGGACAAAAAAAGCAAAAACGAAUCCCUCAAGAUCGAAGAGCUGGAGCGGAAGCUGGCCGAGGCGGAACAGCGCGAGGAGCAGCUGCUGAAGCGGAUCACCGACAAGGACAAAACCAUCUCCAAGAUGAGCGGCGUCGUCGAGGCGUACGAGCGGGCCAUCGCGGAACUUAUCGCCGAGAAGGAGCAAACCACCCAAAACUACGAGAAAACCUGCGAGGCGCUCAAAACCGACAGCGACAUCAACGCUCAGCAUCUCGAAUCGCUCGAGAAAACCUUCUCCGACCUGCACGCCAAGUACGAGCGCAUGAAAAUCAUCACCGCCGAGUACAAGGAGCGCGAGGAGGAACUGGUCAACGAGCGGAACCGCUUCGAGGAGAGCCUCCGGAUGCAGGAGAAGCGCUACGAAAACAUGAAAGGCCACGCCAUGACCCAGCUCGAGACGGCCAACAACAAGCUGUCCGAGCUCGUCCGGAACCAUGCCCAGGAGGUGACCAAGCUGAAGGCCCUCCUCAAGAAGGAGGAAAUCUACCGCGCCUCGGUCAACGAGCAGCUGAGUCAGAAGGCGCGCGAGAACGAGGAGCUGGUCAAGAUCUGCGAGGAGCUCAUCAACGGGGGCGCCAACUAGGAAGUUACGAGAUGAUUACAACUUAUUUAAUGAAAAACUAUUAAACAAUGUACCAUAAAACAUUGAAGCAGCAGCAACAGUGAAGCUUAAUACACGUGUUAAACUCUUUCAACCCCA